UACAUAUAUGUGUGUGUGUGUGUAUGAAGAGGAAUAGGGGAAGAAAGGAGAAGCACAAUAUAAGGAAAUAAGAGGAAAAAUUAGAAGGGGAACAAAAGCUGCAUGGCUUCUUUAAUCAAGGUGUUGUAAUGUGCACUCAAUCCUGAUGUGUGAUGUUAUUUACUAUCUAAUAGAAGAAAUCAACAAGAGACUGCCACUAUUCUGUGAGGAAAGUGUAACUUAGUUUUUGCGAUCCAGUUACCAAAAGCUGUUGACACAAGUUGACAGUUUUAGUAAUUUGAAUAAUUGUUAGCAAGCUAUAGAACAUUAUAAAGUCUCCAUUGAAUUGUUAACAAGCUAUAGAACAUUAUAACUCCCUCUUAUAUGUAUCCUUAUUGGAUGGUUAAUCGAAAACUUUUGUUCCCCAAAGGAAGUGACGUCAUGGACAAUGAGAUAAGAAAAACAUUUUUAGAGGAGAGACGAACAAAUGGUGAUUUCAUAUCAAAGGUUUCCGACAUGCUAUGGAUUAGGGAUAUGUCAAAAUUUGCUGAUAUGGAGACGAACACUUUGCAUGAAAACCUUCAACAGCUGGACGAGAUGGCAGACAAAGAAAGCACUGAUGGUGGAUUUUUAAAGCUUACAAAAACUAAUGAGUGGGUUUCUGGUGACAGUGUUAUUGCUCCAGUCAAUAAGAAAUUGACCGCUAAGGAUUGGCAGAAUGACAGCGAGAAAAGGAAGAAGCUAAACUUUCUCAGAUAUGAUGCUAUUAAGAGGGAGUUGCUGUUUUUGACAAUUGGCAUUGGAACUGGUUGCUGUGCAUACUGUUUAAUAGUGUUUAGCAUGGAGGCUGCUGUCAGUUAUGCUGCUGGAGUUUUGUUCAGUUGUUUGUACCUUCAGCUUCUGUAUUAUCACGCGGACAAUCUCUCCAGGGAAGCAAUACCUAAGAUUUUUUUACAAAAGAAAGUGAAGAAAAUUGGGAUAAGAAGCGAGGACCUGGAGAAUACACUGGAGAAAAUAUUUCGGGGUAGCACAAUGGCAUUAUCAUCACCAAGGCUAGUGAUACCUGCGGCAUUAUAUGGCAUUUGUAUUUUAUCGCAACAUAUCCUCAACAACUUUGAAUUUCAGAUUGUUCCUGCAAUGCUUGGUUUCUUUGCAUAUAAAGCUGCAGCUUUAGUUCAAGUUUACAGAGAUAAUGAGGACCUGAGGUUGAUAUUUCCAGAGAGUGAGGAAUAAUCCAGAUGGCCGUUAACAGCGAGCAAUGGAAAUCCUGUUAUCUCGUUUAUAUUAUUUUGGCCUUUAUUUUACCAAGAGGAACCUCAAAAAAAAAAAAAAAAAACUGUUGUUUGCUCCUGAUUUGUUGCGGGAAUGUAAAAUUCAAGCAGAUGGUAACGGUAGAUAAAUCCUCCUCAAGGAGGAGUCUCGAGCACUUUUUUCAA